AUGGGCCGAAAGCUGAAGAUCAGACUACUUAUCGGCCUGGUUAUUCUGCUUUGUGUAUACAUAUUUUACCACUCACCCCUAGUGUACUGGUACAGAAGAGCAAGCUGGGGGGGCGGUGGCUCAAAAUUCGUCGUUAUCCUAGCCGCAAACGUGGGUGGAGGUGUCAUGGAGUGGAAAGGAGCCCGUGAAUGGGCCAUCGAGCGUGACAGCGUGCGCAACAAACGGAAAUACGUCUCCAGGUGGGGCUACGACUUCGAAAUUGUCGACAUGAAGACUAGAAAGAAGUAUGCGCACGAGUGGCGGGAGAGCUGGGAGAAGGUGGACUACGUUCGAAGCGCCUUGCGGAAAUAUCCUAAUGCUGAGUGGUUUUGGUGGCUUGAUCUGAACACGAUGGUGAUGGAGCCGUCGUAUUCUCUGCAGAGCCACCUUUUCAACAAUCUCGAGAAACUCGUCUACCGCGACAUCAACGUGUACAACCCACUCAACAUUACGCAUCCGCUUACGUACCCGUACCUCGAUACGUCAGCGACGAGUCCCGUGGGAGACGGCAACAUGAACUCGGUAAACUUGCUUCUGUCGCAAGACUGCUCCGGCUUCAACCUCGGAUCCUUCUUCCUGCGACGUAGCGCGUGGACAGAACGUCUGCUGGACAUUUGGUGGGACCCCGUUGCGUACGAACAGAAGCACAUGUCUUGGGAGCACAAGGAACAGGACGCGCUGGAGACGCUCUACAGCAAUCACGCCUGGGUGCGCGAACACAUUGGCUUUCUCGCCCAACGCAAAAUCAACAGCUUCCCUCCUGCCGCUUGCGGAGACGGCAAAGGCACCAACGACACCCGCUUCCACUACAGCCAGGAAGACCGCGACUUUGUCGUCAACAUGGCUGGAUGCGAAUGGGGGCGAGAUUGCUGGGGGGAAAUGUACCACUACCGAGAGUUUAGCUAUUGGCUGAACCGAAAUCUCUGGGAACGUUUCAAGGAAGACUUGGUGGCUGUCAUUUGGUUCAAGCUCACCGGCAAGUGGGUUAAGCUGUGA